AUAACGCCAAUCAUCGAACUCAUUACGAACGUCAAGGCGAGUUCCAAAAGCACUGAGAUCCUCGGCACAACAAAAUACGUCAUCAUGACAUAUAGAUACCACGAAAGUAUGAUCUUUGGCGUCACGUACAACCCAGCCUUUACUAUGAAUGUGGUACCUCACGGUAUUGGCAUCCCAACGGAGAAAAAAGCUGGUUUUAGCCAAGAAAGGCUUGGAAUUCUGAAUGAUGUAGAUUUUCAUCGGAAAGUUGUACUGAAAGUCCAUGGAUCGGACUGUCUUGAGUACAAGGGAACCACGUUCAAUGUCAUCUUGGCGUCUAUGCCUUCGCGGGACUGA